AUGGGUCUCCGAACUGAGAGCCACUCCUUCAGUACACCAAGCUUUACCACCCGCGAUGGCGAUACGAACACUCGAGAACUGUGGAUGACCGCCAAGCGCUACACCAUGGGCGCUUCCGCCGCCAACCCUGCUGGCGUGACGCUACUCUUUACGCACUGCGUUGGAUCUCAUAAGGAAGAGUGGGAAGUUGUCAUCGAAAUUCUGUUUCGACUGAACGCAGGGCAGGACCCUGCUUACCAGAUCCGUGAGGCUUGGUCGUUCGACAGACAGAACCAUGGGGACGCAGCCGUCCUGAAUCGCGAGAAACUCGACGCCCAAGGGGUCUCACUAUACGAAUGGUCUGCAGCGCUAUCGGCUUUCGUGAAGUCGCCAUAUAUGGCCGGACACCACAUGGUCGCUAUCGGCCAUUCAGCAGGUUCGACGGCUUGGGUGUUAACCACAAUAGGGUCGUUCUCAGACGACAAGAAUCUUCCCUAUGUGGCCAUGAUUCCCGUCGAAUCUACUAUGGUCAAACAAUCCGUGUUCGAGAGCGAACUGGAAGAACGCAUGUCGUACAUGGAUCUCGUCGUCAAUGCUACCAAAGCACGACGGGACAGGUGGUCUUCGCGACAAGAAGCCUAUGCCUACUUCAAGAAACGUUUUCCUUGGAGUAUGUGGGACGAUCGGUCCAUUCAAUUGCUCGUCGAUCAUGGAUUGUGCGAUGCCCCUAACGGCCAAGGGGUGCAACUAAAGUGCCCCAAGGAGCAAGAAGCGGUUUCAUACCCAGACACGAAGCCCCAUUUCGAAGGCGACACCCAGUUGGGGAAGAUAUCCCGCUCAGUUCCCAUUCACAUCAUCUGGGGUGAACGUAUCGAGUUCAUGUGA